AUGUCUGACAAUUCCCACGUCUCUUUCUACUCCUUCGGCCACUCCUCUGUUGAUGCCNUCGUUUCNGCUUUUCUCUCUNGAAAACGUNCUCUUUUCUCGNCNGAAAACAACAAACCCAUGAGGGAAGACAUCGGUAUCUGUUUGAUGCAAAAGAAUCUAGGGUUAGGGUUUUGGUGGGAAGACGAGGCCUUUACCAAAUCGCAAAAUUCCAAAGAACUGAGCGACGCGGUCGAUUCCAUGAAGAAGCUGUUGAAAGAUGCCAAGGAACUGCGUUCGCUCGAUCAAACCCUAACCACUUGA